AUGGAUGAUGAGAUGACAUUCAUUCUGUCUGAUAAACCGAUAAAGAUUGAGAAAGACAUAAAGGAAUGGACAACUGAUGAUAAAAGGAGAAACAAUCUGGAUAAUCACUGCAGAAGCCACAUCUUCAAGUCUCUGGAUAGAAACACUUUCAGUAUGGUCAGAGAAUGCAAAACUGCAAAGGAGGCAUGUGAAAUGGUGAUUCAACUCCAUGAGGGAAAUAAAAGAACCAAGGAAAACAAGAUAAUGGUAGCUACCCAGAAUUUUGAAAACAUCAAAAUGAAGCCAGGUGAAACCAUGAAGGAGUUUAGUGAUCGAUUCACAAAUGUGGUAAAUGAAUUGUCGGUUCUCGGAAAUAAAUAUGAUAACAAGGAAAUAAUCAUCAAAGCUUUGAGAUCUCUCCCUAGUACAUGGGAUAUAAAGACGAUGGUGGGAAUGCAGAAAGCCAAGAUGGGAUGA